AUGCUGGGAUCGAGACCGACAUACAUAUUGCAAGAUGGACGAUGGACAGCACGACGAGGCCGCGCGGGUCGCGGAGCUCGACCGUGUCCUCCUGCGCCUGGGCCUUACCGACGACGACAAGCUCUGCGACGUCCUGCGCCUGCUCUUGCCCCAGCUCUUCCAGCGCCUCAUCGAGACAGGCGCGGCCUCGGUCACUGCCAAGAUCCUCGACAUCUUUGCGCAUCUCAUCAAGCGCCUCAAGACGUUUCCAUCCAUGCGCGUCAUGCUGCCGCUCGCGCCGCUGCUGGCCUUCCUCGACCCGACCGAGCACCUCGUGCAGACGAACGCUGCGUACGCGCGCAACUUUACGGUGCUCUUCCUCGAGCUCGGGUUCCCCGCGCAGCCCGACGACGAGAAGAUGACGAUCCUCUCGACGCUCUUGAGCGGACUCGCGACCAAGAGCGCGUCGGUGCAAGAUACCUUCUUUCGCCUCCUCCUGCACUCGUUCCGCUUUCAGGCAUCGACGCCGAUCCGCGUCCCCGCGUCGACCGAUGACGUGCAAGUCCUCCUCGACUACCUCCUCGACGUGCUCUUGUGUCCCGCCGUCUCGACUGCGCGCAGCGAGCGCCUCCAGCGGACCAAGUUUCUCUCGCUGGAGAAGGCGUCGCGCACCGACAUUCAGCUCAAGGUCGUCCAGUUUCUCAAAGGCGUUGUUGCUGGCACCGACGGCGUCGACAUCGCGCUGUGGUAUUUGCACUUUGCGGUUGGUGCGACCGCCGAGUUCCACACCAUCAGCACGUACUGCCGAGAGGAGCUCGACCGCCUUCACAAGUACCAGCUCGAGAUGCUCGACAACGCAGCGGCCAUGUCGCUCUUUGCCCGGAGCCUUCUCGGUCAGUCGGCGCCGUCUGAGCUUGGAGGUCUCUUAUUAAACGACCGGUCGCCGCUCCCCGAGGCUGUUGCUCUUCAUAUUGUACCGCUGCUGUGUCUCUCCAAGGCCGCAGCCAACGUCUUUCCCAUGAACCUGCAACUCAUAUGCACCCUCCUCUUUGGAAACGUGACGGCCAAGCCGCUCACACAGCCGAUCCGUAAGGCUGGCAUCGACUUUUGUGUCUGGACGUUGAGUCACUCGGACGAGGCGAUGGUCGUCGCGGCGCUCGGGCCCGUGCUAUACACGCCGCUCAUGAAGCUUCAGCAAGACCAAGAGUGCAGCACUUCGGUGCGCCACGGCGUCUACUCCAGUCUAUCGAUUCUUGCGACACGUUGUCCAGCAGUGAUUGCGGCGUCGGCUGAGCCGUUCCAGCACCUCUUGUACCGCGCAAUGCGCGAAGAAGACGAGUCGCGCUCCGGCAGCGUGUGUCUCGAGGCCCUGAGAACGCUCUGUACUGCCUAUAUGAGUGGCUCGGCCCCUUCUGCCGUGCUAGCGACCAUCAAGCGCGAGAUCCACGAGCUCGGCGAUGCGUCGUCGGUUAUGCAGCCCAAGUUUGACCGCAUUCGCGGCAUCCUCGCGUUUUGGGCGUCCCAAUUGCUCUUCUCCAACGCGACGGAGUCGCCUGGUGGGGACGUGUACCUUCGUCGGGUGCUACUGCGGUUCGCAGGCGAUGCCAGCGACCAAGUGCGGGAGAUUUGCGCCGCUGCCAUCAUGCAGACCCCACUGCCGCCAUUCGCCAACGUCGUUUCCGUUUGUUCGCCAGCGUCCAUGCUGACACCAACGGCGUCUGAAGCAGUCUUGCGCGGCACACUGCAGUUCUACUUGGCGUGCUUGGCGGCGAGCGAUGUUGCUGGCCUCAUGCCCCCAGACGUCAAUGCACUUGUCGAGGCAUGCAUAGGCCUCAUCGGGGCCGGUGGCAGUCAGGCGUUCGUUGCGUCCGAGGCGCUGGUGCAACUGGCGGGCCUUCCCGCGGCACGACCGUUUCUCCACGAGCAGCUACGCACGCUGGUCGCCAUCUUGCUCUCUGUCGAAAACGCGGAGGUCCGUGAGCACGUGGCGAUUACAAUCGGGUUCCUCGAGCUUCCCGAGAUCGAUUCUCACGGUCUCGCCAUGGAGCUGCAAGCGCACGUUGCGAGCGACCAUUGGCCCGAGCGUCACGGCGCCCUCUCAGCCUUGAGCAUGCUCGCUCGGUCGCUGCGCAAUUUGGACGACGGCAUUGCAUCGCGCGUGCUCGUGCUGCUUCAACGCACGCUAGAGCCUCUCUUGCUCGGCCACGCCAGUGUCUUAUCGGCUCACGACGCCAAGCUGCAGUAUGCCCAUGUGUUUGCCUACACACAAGUCCUGGGCGCGCUCGCUGCCGCUCAAUCGGUGGCCAACCUUCCACUCAUGCUGGCCGUGCUUCUGGAUGUGCUCAAGCUACCGUCCAAAGAUCCCGACAUGGCCGAAACCAUCGAUCGUCUCCACUUGCGCGCGCUCCAGUCGCUCGCCUGUCUCUUCUACCACAACGACGACACCGCGACCCUUGUCGACGAGACGGCUUCGGCGCUCAUCACGGCGUACAGUGACCGAAAAGACGUGUCGUUUCAGUAUGGCAUCGGGCAGCUCUUCGUCGCCAUGGGCCACAGCCGUGACGCGCCGUUGACGUCGCUCGUGUCCCAGGUAACAACGCUGCUAUCUUCGCCGAGUCCGCACUUGAAGGCCAGCGGCGCCCUGUACCUCUUUUGCAUUCUCUUGGCAGCGACAUCGGAUGGACCGUGGCGCGAGUUCAUUCGGCGUCCAGGCACGGCUACCUCCAUCCAUGACAGCGCGAUUGACUUGCUCAACGAAGCCAACGCAUUCACACAAGAGUGCGCCGUGAAAUCGCUCACAUUAUUGUAUACGCUGGCGUCAGCUCCCGACGAGCUCAGUGACACGCUCUUCAAGCGCCUCAAGUGCUACCGCGCCUUCCUAAACGCGCCGGCGGCGACAGCACCGACGGCAACCGCCGACGACGCGACCUCGGCGGCCAAUGCGAUCGAAAAUGCGUGUUACCGCGAAGUCAGUACGGUCGCAGCCGAAGUCGGCGACCCCAGUGUCAUGUACACGCUGCUCUAUCUCUGCACGAGCGACCCGACGUGGGGCGCCCUCCGAGCGCCCGUGACGGUCGGCGUCUCGCGCUUCAUUGCAGCGCCGCUGCAGCUCGACGUGUUGCAUACGGCGUUUUCCAAGAGUCAGAUCGAGCGCGCCCAAGUGACGUGGCAUGCGUCGGCGGUCGCGUCGCGCCUUGUGCCGCGCCUCUUUCUUCUGAAAGCCCACCCGAACCCCAAGAUCAGCGGCUGCAUGCUCCAGCUCUGGACGCUGCUCAAGUCGACCAAGCCGGACCUGGUUCACGAGUAUUACGAGGUCUUGAUGGCACAUGUUCUCGGCCGCACGACCAGCAAGAACUUCAAGUACCGUGAGGCGUCAUGCGCCGCUCUCGUCGAGCUGCUUCAAGGACGGACGGCGGAUCAAGUGGCUGCGUAUUUGCGAGACCUCUGGAAGGCGACCGCACGCGCCGUCGACGAUGUCAACGAGUCGGUCGUCGUUGCUAGUAUCAAGCUCGUCAAGUGCGUGGGCGAGCUGAGUGUGCGCGUGGCGACGGCCGACGUCUCGUGCGUGGACGCGGUGCUGCCGUUCCUUGUUGACGAAGGCAUUGUCUCGAGCAACAAGCUAUGCCAGGGCCUCUGCAUGGGGUACCUUCUUCGGCUUGUGCAGCAACUGCCGCCGCACCAUCUGCAGGCGCAUCUCAGAACGCUCCCGAUCACACUCCUCGCGUGCAUGAGCUCGCUUGAAAUGCCCGAGCUCCAGUACGCGCAAUUCCACGUGCAAGACAAGCGCCAACUCGAGAAGCUCCGCGUGUCGUUGAGUCAGGCCGGUCCCGUGGGCGAGCUCCUCUCUGCGUGCUUGGCACAGCUCUCGCAAUUGGCUCGUGAACACAGCAACAUCGUGUCGGACAUCGUGGGCACACUCUGCACCGGUGUUUGCACGACGCUUCGGUCGGGCGUCGGUCUCAACACGCGCGUCGGCGCCGCCAACUUUGUCGUGUCGCUCGUCGCGGACGUGCCGCACGAGAUGCGGUCCAGCGGUGGCGCCGAGAAGCUCCUCAAGUCCAUUUUCACCCCGUACAUGGCCCAUAUGGUCCUCACUGAGGCGCGUGAUGGCAGCAAUGAGAACGACGGACCCGAUACAGCGGCCCAAGAAGACGGCUUGCGCGAUGGUCUUGUCGUCCGCGCGUAUGGCCGGGCGGCUGCGUAUGUCGCCAAGCUCGUGCCAACGCAUCUUGUCGACGCGUACGUUGCCCAAGCGCUCCUUGCUGUGCCGACGUCCAUUGUAUUUGCGACCGACGCUGGCAGCACGACAACGACGGACCUCGGUCGCUACGGCUGGGUCACGGCGACCGCGGCUGCUGAGCUUCUGCGUCAACUGCCGCCGACGCGCGAGAGCAGUGCCAGCGCCACUUCUGACGACGACUGGUGCCAGCGUCUGUUUCCCGUCGCAUUUGCAGGACAAUUUGCCAACUCGACGGGUCUCGGUGCAGCGUGGACGACCGUGCUCGAGUGCAUUCCGCCGACACUGUCGUACUCGUCGCGGUACAUCACGGCCGCGCUAUCGUAUGCGACAACGCUCGUGGGGCACUUGUCGUGGGAGGCGCGCAAGCAAGGCGCACUGGCGCUCAAGACACUCACCGAGCCCUCGUAUGCGCCGUACAUAGCGUCGUGGUCGGCCACGCUCUCUGCGCUGGAAGCAGCGAUCCCGGGAAAACUUUGGCGCGGCAAGGGCGUCGUCCUCGAGGCACUCGUCCACGUCGCGAAACGCGAAAACGGUACCGACCGACAUGGCCUCUUGGAGCUGCUCUUGCACGAGUGCGACCGCGCCCGCCGCAGCCACGAUGUCUCGUAUCUCGAGAGUGCGAUCGUUAGCGUCGCUGCCGUUGCUGCCGUCGCCCCCGACGCGCCGCCUCUUGCGGCCUUUGAGCAACUCCAGCGCUUCUUCUUUCUCGAGGAGGACGAGCAAGAAGCUGCACCGAGAAGCGUGCCACCGCUCGUGAUCAAGCGCAUGUUUGAAGCCCUCGGUGCAUGGUGGCCGUCGUCACCGCCGACAUUGGCCGACGCACCAAUCGCAGCGCAAACACGAGUGCUGUCGUGGCUCACGCGUGAGGUCCUGUCGACGCCUCGCUUCCACGUCUGGAGCAUCCGCGAAUCGGUGUUCCUCUGCCUCGGCUGCGUGCUCCAGGGCGUGGACGGGCGGGUCCUCGAGAACCGACAAGUUGUCGCCGACCUUGUCGCCGUGUGUGUCGGCGACGACGGUAUGCGCGACCCAAAGUACAUGGCCGUGCGCAAGGCUGCGACGACCUCGCUGCUGGCGCUGGUCCAUCGCGACGGGCCAUUGCCUGUGGCGUUUGUCGUCUACAAGGAAGACGUGCUCGCGACCGCCGCAACUCUCGCCGAGGAGUCGGAGCCCACCGUGUGUGCGCUCGCGACGCGUCUCCUCGAGGCGCUUCGCGUGAAAUCUUAGAGGACGUAAUGUGCAAUGUGAUUCGGUCUCAUUUAAGCUACAA